UUUUGCAAGGAGUUCAAUUUAUGGUUAUUUAAUUUUAAAAUAAUUUUGUUAUAGCAGGAGAAACGACAGCUAAAGCUAAACCCAUGGAGACGGCCGAAACUGCAGUAGACAUUCCUCCAGACGCGGGCGGAUUAAUUGUGACUUUGGAGGUAUUUUCUGGUGUUCCCGACCCACAGUGGAUGAUUCUUCGCAAUAACUCCAAGUUCCAGGAGAUAAAAAAAGGUCUGCACCGUGGACGAAAAUACGCCCCAGAAAACGCGCCUGGAAAGCUUGGCUACGAAGGAUUUCUAGUUCAAGAGGUGAAAGACGGGAAAAAGCAACCGGAAGUACUGAUCGUGGGCCGGGGAACAGUAAUGUUACAGCUACUACUACUCAAGAGCAUACCAAAAGAUAUGAUAUCGGAAAGAAUUUACAACAUUGUUCAGAAGGAAAUACAAGGUGGAAAAGUCGGGGCCGUAUUAUACAGUACCAAGAAGCGUCACGCGCCUUCGUACCGUCCAUCGUAUUGGAACCAUGAAGAUCAUAUCGAACUUAAUAACUGCUACAACUAUGGAAGCACUAUCAGAACCGAUACCUUUGCGCAGCCUGGACUUGCAUCUGGACGACCGCUUCCUCUCCUGUUUAAAGCAAAGGACGUGAAAAUUUCUGCAGAGGCUGAUGGCUUAAGAUUUAAGCGAGCCCUACCCUCCAUGCGCCCCCCUGCUGGACGAAGACACUUGGUAGCCUUAGUUCAUUACGAAGGUGAUCCAAAUAAUCCAUAUGAUCGUGAUUAUCACUGGUACCGUUUGGAUGAUAACGGAUUCUGGUCACACAAACCUGGAAGAACUCACGCCACUGACAGGGAUGGACGAGGGAACAGGAUCCGAGAUCCACGAACAGCUGCCAAUGGCUUCAUCCCUUAUAAAUUUGUUUGUUUCAUGACCUUGAAUAGAUUUACUGUUAAAGUUAGGUAAGAAAUUGAUCUACUUUUCAAGCAAGGUCAAUGUCGCAUUUGCUGCCAUAGUACCAGUUGUAAGUGUUCACUUUAGUGGAGAGACCUGUAACCACAGAAACGUGUAAUGCAGUAAAACCAAUAAAAGGGUGUUGAAAACCUAA